GACCGGUUUGCUGGGCUCCUUUUCGCUACUAUUUACACUUCUAUGUACACUUCUAUCGUGUGCAGUCGGAUCACUGCCGGCUGUGUUGCCAGCCUUAAGUUUGAAAACAAACCAGGUGCGCUGCGACAAACGCGCGAGUCAACCAUUCGUCAUUCGACGGUAAGCGCCACGAACACUGCACGUUUGCGGGCAACGCCUCGCCCGUUCCCACGGCGGGGUUCGGCAGCCGCCAAGCGCGUCGUCAUCGGUCCAACACAAAUCAGUUCGUCCGGUUGAUCAAUGUUCACCUUCUUCUACCAUGACUUACCCAUCAGUUGCUACAUACCCCUUAGUUGCCACUGGAACACUAAACCCCGCCCA